AUGAAAAAUCGAGCUAAAAAUGAUAUAGUUGUUUUCCAACGAAUGAAUAAGUUUAAUUAUAAAGAAACAUUUGAAGAUGCUGAUCAUGGCACUUUACUUCUUUGUGCUGAUCAUCAAAAAACACAUAUGUUAGUAGCAGGAUUUUCAAGUCGACAUUUUUAUCUUCAUGAAAUGCCUAAUUUUAAUAUUAUUCAUUCUUUAAGUAUUGACGAUCAAAAACAAAUGAUAGCAUCAGUAUUAUUCAGUCCAUUAGCUGAUUGGAUUGCAUUAGUUUGUCAAAAUCUUGGUCAACUUAUUAUUCUUAGUAAACAAGAAGGUCCAAUUAGUGCAUUAACAUUUGCUCGAAAUAUUACUAAAACAGCAUUAGCAAUUUGUUCAUGGGAUAAAACAUGA